AUGGCAGCAGAGCUGACUCAGGACCAGGUGUCGUGGACCAGGAGAGAAGGGGAAAAUGUCUCCUUCAGAUCCAGGUCAGUGGAGCGGCCCAAAGUGAGCGUCUACCCAGCGACGGGAGCUGAUUUAAAGGGCCGGCGCUCCCUGCUGUGUGUAGCCAGAGACAUGGUCCCUGAGGAGGUCCGGGUGUCCUGGAGGAGGAGAGGGGGGGGCGGAGGGGGGGGGAAGGACGGGGAGCAGCUGGAGCUCCGAGCCCCGACAUACGCUGCCAGCAUCCUGGUUAUUGAUCAGGGAGAAACCCUCAUGGAUCAAUACAUCUGUAGGGUUGAGCAUGAGAGCGGUCGGCAGGAGGUGGAGGUCCCAGCAGAAGGCCCCGGAAAGACAGAUGUUACCUUAGCGACGGCAGUAACUACGGACCCCCGGCGUCCAGGGAGACCCAGAGACGGUCCUUCAGAUGAAACACACCAGUCCCUCCAGGUGCUGUCCAGAGCCAGGCUGGCGUCUGUGCUCUACACAGUGAUGGUGGUGAAGAGUGUGCUCUGCUGCUGUGGCCUGGCUCUCCUGCUCCUCCACACCAACAAGACCAGCAGGACGCCCAGAACCAGCACCACCACAGCCCUGGACUGACGCUGCUGUCCCCCAGAACCAGCACCACCACAGCCCUGGACUGACGCUGCUGUCCCCCAGAACCAGCACCAGCACAGCCCUGGACUGACGCUGCUGUCCCCCAGAACCAGCAGACCCACCUCGUACAACCAUAAGAGGUCAUCAUGUCUUCAUGUCAUCAUGUCAUCAUGUUAUUCAUUUCUACUCUCCACAUUCUUCUGCUCUUUUCCCUCCACAGUUUGGACCAGAAUACUGCAGUGGUGUUUCACGGUUUUCUGUUUCAUGUUUCUUAGUGUGUAGUGUCGCCCAUGUAUCAUCUAACACACUCCCUUCAUUUAAACAGGCCCUCAAAACCCACCUUUUCAAGAUCGCUUACAACACAUAACCUCCUUCCCUUCUCUACCCUCCCUCCUUUUAACGAGUCUUUUAUACCUAUUUCAGUUUUUUAGAUAACUAUUUUCACCCUAUUUUAUCUUCUUACUUAUAUAUGAUAUUAUUAAAUGUUUUUAUUCUGUGUUCACUCUGUUAAUAAGCGACUUUGAGUAUUUAGAAAAGCGCUAUAUAAGCUGAAUUUAUUAUUAUUAUUAUGAUUAUUAUUACGUAAGAAUAUGCAUUUAAAAUAAUAAAAAUCUCAAAGGUAACAUUAGCCGGUUGUCCAUCAAUGGAGUUGGACUCAUAAGGUGAAUUAUGUUGUGAAUACUUUAUGGGAGCGUAUCUUCUUAAUCUUUGAGUCAGUCUCCAAAACACAUUUCCUUUCCUAAUAAACCCCCUAAAUCCCUGAAAAGCUCAAAUCUGCAGACAAACAUAAGGAAAAAGCUUUGCACCAUGCAUGUCAACUGAUUGAUUGCCUUUGUAGUUCUGAAAGAGUUAGGUAGGUUUACUGUAGUUCUAAAUAUUUUUAUUGUAGUUCUGAAGGAACAACAUUUUGUGAUUUUGAAUGAGUUUAUUGUGAAUCAGAAGUAGUUUAUUGUAAUUCUGAAAUAUUUUAUUGUAGUUCUGAAGGAGCACCUUAGCCUAUUGAUGAUAGUAGUUGUUUCUUUUUUAUUAAUACCAGGGGAUGCAGGAAAUGGCUGCCCAUGAUAAUUAUACAACCAACCUGUCACAGUUUCAACGGUUGUUUGUCUUUGUGUCGUUUUAGUUUCUUCCUCCAGAUGUCCUCAGUUAUUCUUUUCCUUCCCAUCGUUAUCUAGAUUUACUUCCUCCUGGUUUGAUUUGUUGAUUUGUUAAUUGUGUCCUCAUGUGUUGUUAAGCCCUCCGUUUGUUAUCCGUUUGUCUGAAGGUCCCGUCCUGUAGCUAAGCAAGUCUAGUAAGUGUCCUAGUUAAUGAUUAAACUUUUGUUUGCUGGCAAUCAUUAUUUCUGAUAGAUCUGCAGAGAUUAAGAUCAUUUUGGUUUAACCUCCUCAACCUGAGUUCGAGUCUCCAUUUGAGUCUGAAACCUGAUCUACAGACAACAAAUAUCACAGCCCAUAUUUAUUCAUGGAAAAAUAUUGCGAAGACAGUGGCAGAAAUGUUCCAGUCAAUGAAAAUAUUCACGAUAAAGAUGUGUAAAACUGCGCAGUGGGGCUCACCGGUUAGAGCGCGUAACAUUUAGGGGCCAGUCCUCCCCGCAGCGCCCCGGGUCGAUUCCUACCCGCGGUCCUUUGCUGCAUGUCCUCCCCUCUCUCGCCCAUAACUCCUGUCUAUCUCACUCUAUCAUAGAGCACCAAAAUAAAUCUGAAAAGAUCAACAAAUAUUGUGCAGUAGAAAUAAUUGUAUUAUCUUGCUACAUUAGUAGAUGGAUGGGAAUCUUAAUCUUUGCUUUGUUGUUGAUCUCUUGGUCUAUUAUUUUGGUUUAAUUUGGAAUGUAAUGUAAUUGAAUAAAGACUUAUAUUUAUAUUUCACUUAUAA